GUCUUCAAGUAACUCUCUGCUUACUCCAAUAACUACAACUGCAACAAUUUCACAACUGCAACUGUUGUGAGAAUGAGUGACAGUUAGUAUCCGCUGAAAGCUUUCCAGUUCUAGUUUUUCUUGGUAUUAACACAGACGUCUAAGCCAUCCCAAGUCAUGGAGACAUCAUAUCUGCUAGUGACCUCUUAUGUUCUCUUGAUGUUCUGUCUUGGACUCAGCCAUGAGAGUACGAGACAGCGUAGGCAAGACAGUUUUGACAGCUGUCAAACGCCUAGUGGGUCGCCUGGCCGUUGCAUCAAUAUUAGGAACUGUUCCGAAUUAUUGGAGCUGCUGGUGAAAAAUGAACAGAUACCGCACAUAAGGUCUUCUCAGUGUGGGUUCGAGAACACGGAUCCCAAAGUGUGCUGUCCCUCUGGUACUUCCAGUAGAAGCGUUGUACUUCCAGGACGUGAAAUAUGUGGUUUGUCUCGCGCCAACGGUCGAAGAGUAGUCAAUGGACAUCCAGCAGAACUCGGUGCGUGGCCUUGGAUGGCGGCUCUGGGGUACAGGUCACCGAAGAAGCCAUUGGAAUGGCUCUGUGGAGGCUCUUUGAUCUCUGACAGAUAUGUGGUCACAGCUGCUCACUGCAUCACCAACACUGGCGACAGCUCCUUGUACGUGGUAAGGCUAGGUGAUCUGGACCUGGACGACACGGUGGCAGACGGAGCAUCUCCCAUUGAUGUACCAGUAGAGCGAGUCAUUGCAUACGAUAACUAUAAUAUUACUACACAUUCAGGAGACAUUGGUCUGGUGAAACUCAAAAACCGAGUUCAAUAUACGACUCUCAUUCGUCCCAUCUGUCUGCCAGAAUCUGACACCUUUGGUUCUUCCAGCCUGGUCGGAGAAUCCUGUGAUAUUACGGGGUGGGGAAGAACGGCUUAUG